CAUGAAAUUGUUCAAAAUGUCUUGGUAUGCCGAUGUGUUAAGAGUUCCCUUCAGUGGAACUAUUGACUCUGCAGAUAGUUGGCGACUUCUGUGCACUGUGAGCUUCAGCAUGCACUGACCCUGCUCUGUCAUUUUACAUGGCCUACAAUUUCGUGGUUGCUGUUGUUCCCAGUUGCUUCCACUUUGUUACAAUACCCUUAACAGUUGACUGUGGAAUAUUUAGUAGCAAUGAAAUUUCAUGGAUGGACUUAUUGCACAGGUGGCAACCUAUCAUGGUACCACGCCUGAAUUCACUGAGCUCCUGAGAGCCACCCAUUCUUUUACAAAUGGUUGCAGAAGCAGUCUGCAU